AUGGCCUCCAAACAGACCAAAAAGAAAGACGUUCAUGGCAUCAACUCGGCGCACAGCUCAGAUAAGUCUAAAGAUCAGUACCCAUUAGGUAUUGGUGGACAAACUUCUGGUGAACAGAAGGGGAAAUUUCCAAUCUGGCCAGAAUGGAAUGAAUCUGACAUAAAUGCAGAAAAGUGGGAUGCAGGCAAACCUGGAAAAGAAAAGGAAAAAACAGGAAAGAGCCCACUACUUCAUUUCUUUGAAGAUCCUGAAGGAAAGAUUGAAUUGCCAUCAUCAUUGAAAAUUUAUUCCUGGAAACGUCCCCAGGACUUUCUAAUGAAUCAGAUUCCAGUUGUUGUGAAAAACGAACUGGCAUUUGACUUGUUAUCAGAAAAUGAACAUUUAUUCUGCAGUGAGCUGAUGAGAUGGAUUAUCAGUGAAAUUUAUGCAGUCUGGAAAAUACGCAAUGGAAAUAUUUUGAACAAUCUUUCUAAAAGUGCAACAGGGGAACAACCUCUUCUCAAUUGGAAGCCUUGGGAGCACAUAUAUUCUUUGUGCAAGGCUGUGAAGGGUCAUAUGCCUUUGUUUAACAGCUAUGGAAAGUAUAUUGUGAAACUUUACUGGAUGGGUUCUUGGAGAAAGAUAACUAUUGAUGACUUUUUUCCUUUUGAUGAAGACAACAAUCUGUUGCUUCCAUCUUCAACUUAUGAAUAUGAACUUUGGCCAAUGCUUUUGUCUAAGGCUAUCAUUAAACUGGCAAAUGUUGAUAUCCAUUUUCCAGAGAGAAGAGAGCUGGGAGAAUUCACGGUUAUUCAUGCACUCACAGGAUGGCUGCCUGAAGUCAUUAAUCUUAGCCCAGAAUAUAUGGACAAAGUUUGGGAGCUCUUAAAGGAAACAUUGCCCGAGUUUAAACUGCCAGAUGAGUCCAUUUCUGAGAGUAAAUUAGCAAUGAUGGAGAACAAAACGAAAGAACAAGGGAAAGAGCUCAAGGAUAGCAAAGAAGGCAAAGACGUGAAAGAGGGCAAAGACGUGAAAGAGGGCAAAGAUGGCAAAAUUGAGACUUCACCAGCAUCAGUAAAGCCAUCCCCUGAGAGAAGUGAAAGAAACCCAAAGGAGAAAGCAGAUCCAAAAGACAUUGGGAAAAAGAAGAAUAAAGAUGGAGAAAAGGAAAAGGAAAAAUAUAAAUGGUCAAUCCAUGGCUCAAGACCAUCAUCAGAUGUCCAACACUCCCAGCAAUCUCUGCCAGAAUAUAAGCAAUCAGUCUCUGAGAAUUCUUCUUUAUCUCAGUCUCCUAAUAUGGUUGUAUAUGCUACCUGUACACCUCUUUAUUUGUUUGAGAAGAAGAUUUUUUCAUUAAAGAACAUGGCCAAUUCUGCUGAGAGGCUUAGAGAAUAUGGUCUCUCCCACUCCUAUAGCCAUCCUGUACUUUUGACUAGAACUAGAUCUGGUCCUCUUAUUGCACCAUCAAAACCAUCUCCUGUACCUGCCUGGAAACUAUUUCGCCAAAAGAAAGAAAGGGUUAUAACAGAUGAAGCUCAAGAAAUUGUAAUAAAGAAGCCGGAACAAUAUGUUGAAAUAUCAACUCCAUUUUUGAAUUAUAGAAUGACUCCAUUUAAAAUCCCGACAGAAACUCAUUUUGUAUCAUCUUUAAUUAAGAAAGGAGGGACGACAGGAAAACGCUUAUCUCCCCAUAUUGAAAUUGAUGAAAAUACAGUCUGCAGUCAGAUGGACUUAAGCCAACUAUCAAAGGCUGGAUCACAGAGUGCUUUCACCUCACAAGUUGUACUUGGAAAAGGUAAAGAGGAACAAGUAGACUUUAGUUCUAUUGAAGUUGGCCAUCUAAAUGAAACAGUUGGCUUGGAAAGAGAAUUGAUCAGUCAGACAACAGCAACGCAGGAAAAAUCUCAGGAGGAUCUUCUAGCAGUAAAUGCAGCUAUUUCUAAAGAAAUAUGGUUAGAUUUUGAAGACUUGGGUAUAUGCUUUCAGAAUAUCUAUAUUUUCCAUCGACCAACCUCAUAUUAUUUUAACUUCCAAAAAUCAGAAUUCAAGUUCUCAGAUGAGCGUGUGUUCUACUAUUUAUAUGUGGAUAGUCUAAAGCCUAUUGAAUUGCUGGUCAGCUACUCUGCCUUGGUGCGUUGGGGAGAAUCUGGAGCUAUAUGUAAAGAUAGCUCUCCCAUAGAGCCUGGACUACUUUGGGCUGAGACGGUUAAUUGGAAAUCAGUACAACCAGGCAACCUGGUUCUGAAGAUUCAUACAUAUGCAACCAAGGCUGCUAUGAUUCACUUGCCUAGUGGGAGGCAUUUUCUGCUGCUCACUUCAUGUGCCUUCGUAGGUCAUGCCUUACACUUCGCAAGCAUGGUAAAUUUUGUGGUUGGGGAUGAAGAUACCGUACUGCCCAACUUUGAACUGGAAAGCUGCCGAUUUAUAGAGCAGGCUUUAAAGAUUUUGAAAGCUGUUGGAAAUGUGAUUACUAAUUUCAAAGAUAAAUAUAAACUUCCUCAAGCUCUGAAGGAUUUACAGGCAUCUCACUACCCUGUGCCCCUCCAUGACAAACAAUUAACUGCACUUCACUUCAGGGUAUUUCAAAUUUCUUUAUGGCGGUUAAUGAAAAAAUGUCAAGGUAUUAAACUUUCUCCAAACUUCAAAUUUGCAUAUCGUGCCAUGGUUAUGGAUCUGGAAUUGUUGGAAUCAACCAUGGAAGAGAUUUCUUUAGUGGAGUGGACUGAUAAUAAACAUUAUGGCCCAAUAGAUGAAAAAGAAUAUUCUAUAGAACACAUGGUAGCAGCAACUAAGAUCCAAGCCUUAUGGAGAGGUACUUAUGUCAGACUGCUUAUGAGAACCAGGACUCCAGAAACAAAGGAAAAUGCCAUUGCUGCUGAAAUUCUACAAAAAGUUUGGGCUAUAUUGGAACAGAAUUUAGAAUCAUAUGCAAUUUCUUUUUUAAGAUUAAUGUUUAAAAGCAAGUGCAAGUCAUUAGAAUCUUAUCCAUGCUAUCAAGAUGAAGAAACUAAGAUUACUUUCACAGACUAUACAGUAACUUAUCCAGAUGAACAACCCAAUACUUGGUUUAUUGUGUUCAGGGAAACGUUCAUGAUUCCUCAAGAUAUGGUUGUACUUCCCAAAGUAUAUUCUACACUUCCUGUCUGUAUACUUCAUGUUGUUAACAAUGACACUUUAGAACAAGUGCCAAAAGUGUUUCAAAAAGUGGUACCUUAUCGUUAUAGUAAAAAUAAGAAAGGAUAUACAUUCGUGGCCGAAGCAUUUUCUGAUGACAUUUAUGUGUCCUCUGCACGAUGGAAACUUCGCCUCAUUUGUUCAUCCACUCCGCUACCAAGCCUCACUCAAGAUACUCCAAGCAAUAUUUUCACCGUAAAGGAAUUCAAAGAUUACUACAUUCCAAAUGAUAAGAAUAUUUUAUUUAGGUAUACAGUUAAAGUAACACCACCACAUUCUGUUACAAUACAUGUCCACACUUCCAAACCAGAUGUGUUCAUCAAGCUGAUGAUCCUGGAAAAUGAAGAAAUCAUUGUGAGCACCAUUGGAAAAGGCCAAGCUUUACUCCCAGCUAUUAAUUUCUUGUGGGGUGAAAAAGAUUUGAGCUCCCAAUCUAGCAAGCAACUUAUUUCAAUUUAUCCUUCAACCAAGAAAGAACCAGAAUACUCUAAAAAGAAAUCUGCUAUUGUAAGUCAGAAAAUUCCUAAGAAUAGACCUGGAAGUGUGAUAGUAGACUCUGUCUUGGACGAGGAGAACAUAUAUGUGCCCUUUACAGAAGAAAAUACUAGCACACAACAGCAGGCUUCUAAGUAUAUUAUACAGUCUGUAGUAUUGUAUAAUAGUUGGCCUCUCACUGAAAGUCAACUGACAUUCAUUCAAACACUAAAAGAUCUAGAGAAAAAUGAUGCUAAAGGAAUUCAAAUGGACAAGCUUGAGGAUUCAACUAACUCAGGGAGCCCAGAUUCCCAUACAAUUAACGAGGGUCAAAAGUCUUCAGGAUCUUCCAAACUACCCAGGAAAGGCAAAGAAAAAUAUGUUGAGAAAGAAAAGACACCAAAAGAAAAACAAACCCUUCGCAGUGACCCUCAGAUAAGUGCACUUCACUCUCAACAAGAAGACCCCAAUAAACCAUACUGGGUUUUGAAGUUGGUCACUGAUCAUAGUGAGGGAGAGAUUUUAGAUGUGAAAAAGGAUACAGAACGUGCUGAUGAAAUCCGAGCAAUGAAGCAAGCCUGGGAAACUACUGAGCCAGGAAGAGGGAUCAAGGCAACUCAGGCUCGUCUGCAUUACUUGAAGCAGUUAGUUAAGAAAAUACCUGAUUUUGACACUUCAACUGAAAAAGACACAAAAUCACUGGAUGAAGGUCUUCAGACACGAUCCCCAACAAUAGUAGACUUUACUCCACAACUCAUUCAGAAAGAGCUAGAAAAAGUAGACUUAAGUCCGUAUAUAUGGAAAACAGAUGCUGAUGUUGUAUUGCAAACAGAGGAACGCAAUCAGCUGUAUAUGAUGCAAAAAUCAGAGGAGUUCCAUCAGUUUCGACAAUAUAGGGACAGAGUACUUAGUACUCGAGAAACUGACCAAGAACUAAGAGAGAAGACAAACAGCGAAGUCCUGGACAUGUACACAGAUAUGCGAGACGCUUUAGAUGAUUACAGACAACAGAUUUUCAACACCCGGGAAGAAUAUAGAAACAAAUUAUUGGAAGCUGAGCACCUGAGAUUGGAGGAACUGGCUGCACAAGAGGCAGCAAUGCGGGCUGACACAGAGAAAAAACUCCAGCCUGACGCACAGAAAAAGAAGAAAAAACAGAAGAAAUAAUCAGGAUAUGCCCCUACUACUUUU